UUAAAAAACAAAAAGAAAAGAACCACUCUCAAGUUAGAAACAUCUGUGUGCUGUAUCCAUCUACAUCUCUCUUCCUCUUUAUACUUCCAUUUCACCUUUAUAUACCCUCUUCUCCAUUCUCAUUCUUCCUACACCAUCACCACAUUCGUCUUCUCUUUCUCUCUCUCUCAAUUCCUCCUUUUCAGGAAUUUGGAGAGAGUAGUGAUUAACCAAACAUGAAGUUUUCAAUGAUUUUUCUUGUUAGCAACAUUCUAUUGCUUCUAAGUUCUUCACCAGCAUUUGCCAAAACUGUAAGUCCACCGGCACCGAUCGCGCCGACACCGACUCCAACUCCGGCCCCAGCACCUGCACCAGAUUAUGUAAACCUAACUGAACUACUCGAUGUUGCUGGUCCAUUUCACACUUUCCUUGGAUACCUUGAAUCCACAAAAGUGUUGGACACAUUCCAAAACCAAGCAAACAACACAGAAGAAGGAAUCACUAUCUUUGUACCAAAAGACACUGCCUUCAAUUCAUUGAAGAAACCUUCUUUAUCCAAACUCAAAGAUGAUCAAAUAAAACAAGUGAUCCUUUUCCAUGCAUUGCCGCAUUUCUAUUCGCUUUCCGAUUUCAAAAACCUUAGCCAGACUAGCCUAACUCCCACGUUCGCCGGAGGCGAUUACACACUGAAUUUCACCGAUGAUUCAGGAACCAUUCGCAUUAACUCGGGAUGGUCGAUUACUAAAGUAACAAGUGCUGUUCAUGCAACUAACCCUGUUGCAAUUUAUCAAGUUGAUAAGGUCUUACUUCCCGAGGCUAUUUUCGGAACUGAUAUUCCACCUGCACCGGCUCCGGCUCCUACACCAGAGAUCGCGCCAGCAGCGGAUUCUCCGACUGAGAAAAGUGCUGACAGUAAAUCAUCGUCGCCUUCGUCUUCGCCAGACGGUUCUUCUGCUUACAAGUUAGUCAGCUAUGGAAUUUGGAGCAACAUUGUGUUGGCAAGUUGUGGUUUGGUGAUGAUGUUGUUGUGAAGAUGAAGAUGAAUUUGUGGAGUAUUUAAUUUAGAUUUAUUGUGUUGAUGAUGUAUCUACUUUUGAUGAUGAUAUUUGCUUUGAUUUGAAUCCAUUUUUUUGUGAACAUAAUGUGUUAUUCAAUAUAUGUAUGAGAAUGUGGUUUCUAUUGAA